AUGGCUGUGGUUUACACAAAAGAACCUCGCACAAGCCCCCCAGGUCGUGCAUCGCGUGGCAAGCCCAUGGCCGGCCACCCUGUCCGCGUGCGCCUCGCCUGCGACCGGUGCCACGCGCACAAGCUCCGGUGCCCGAAGCAGGCCGGCAGCCCCGUCUGCACCCGGUGCGCCCGCGCCGGCGCCGCCUGCGUGUUCAGUCCGCCCGGAGGCAAGGCGCCAUCUGCACCACCUCGAAACGAGGCCGGGGCCCCGGUCAGCCCCGCCGCCGCCCCGGUGGUGUCACAACACACGGAGACGCCGCCGCCGGCCUUGCUCGGCAAUGAUGAAGUGGACUACAUGGACCAGUUCCUGGACGCCACCGGCCUGACGUGGCCGAUGAUGUACCAGGAGAUGGAGAUCGAUCCUGGCUUCGGGGUGAUAAGCCCCGACGCUGAGGCGGCGCCGGGGCCAGGACAGGACUGUCCGCUUAUCAACCCCGCUGACACCGCACCGUACCAACGCGCAGAGGCACCGCCACGGCCGUCAGCGCCCGCAGACUCAUCGCCGUCUUCUCCGACACUGGACGACAACAACGACGACGGCGCCGCGGCGGCGGCGGAGCAGCCCGGGCCGCCGCCGUCCACCACCACGCACCGCCUGAGCGGAGUCCUGCAGGACCUCGACUCCGUCCUGCGCGAGCUCCCCGCCGAGGGCGAGCUCCUGCCGCACGUCCGCUACGGCGACGCGGCGUCCUUCCAGCAGAAGCUGCUGGCGCUCGCGCAGCAGCAGCAGCGCGACUACAGCGAGACGCUCGAGCGGCUCUUCCGCAGCUCCCAGGCCCUGGUCGAGCUGUACCCGUCCGCCGUCGCGGAGGCCCUGGGCGGCGGUGGAGGCCUCGGCGACGACGACAGCAAUGACAAAAACGGCAGCAGCAGUAGUAGCAAAAGGCCUCGGGGGGCACGACAGGCCUGCGAGAUCCCCGACUGCGCGCACGAGCUGCCCACGCCGCGCGACCUCGCGGGCCUCAGGGACCUCCUCCUCCCCCGGCGACACGAGAGCGACCCCGGGCCGUCCGCCGACGCCGUCGACGCCGCCCUCGCCUCGCUGCUCGUGGCCUGCCACCUGCGCUUCCUGGACGUGCUCGACGGCCUGUUCGCCUGCGCCGUCGCCUGCUUCACCGCCACCGCCGCGUCGCCCGGCGGCCUGGCGGAGCCCGACUUCGACCUGCCCGAGGUGCGCGUCGGGUCGUUCGUGCCGCCCCGCGGCUCGCGGGUCCUGGUGCAGGCGUUCCUGCUGCGGCAGGUGCUGCGGGGCCUCGGCAAGGGGGCCCGGCGGCUCGCGGCCGCGCUGGAAGAGGGAGGAACGCGGGCAGGAGGGGAGGACGGCGACAGGUCGGUGGCGGCGCGCGAGGUGCGGGCCCUGCGUCUGCAGUGCGAGGUCCUGAGGGAGAAGCAUGCUGCGCGGGAAGAAAGGUGCCAGGAUGUGGCCGCCGCGCUGGUCAGGUUCGAGAUGAUGAAGUGA